UUAUCGAGGACAGCAGAGGUCGGGGAGGAAGUGUUGGCUAGAGAAACGUUUAAAAAAUCAAAUCAUGGCAGACAUGCAGAUCGUUCCGGCUUACAAAACCAAUGUGGAGCCACAGUACGUGGAGAUGAUGGUGCCUCUGUAUUCCUACGGUUGCGAGAGGAAGAUCAAGAAGGCAUUGUCUCAUACAAAGGGAAUAUACUCGGUGAACGUAGACUACAACCAGCAGAAGGUGACGGUGUGGGGGAUCUGCAACAAAUACGACGUGCUGGAGACCAUGAAGGCCAAGAGAAAAGAAUCUCGUUUCUGGAACCCGGAAGACAACCACGGCGGCACGGAUUUAGCCGAUGAAGAUGGCUUGCAAUCUUGUGAGGGCGCCGGCAGCGUUAAGCAUCUGAUCAAGUCCGGGUCUCUGAGCUGGAGAGCGUGGAAGAGAAUCUUCACGAGAUCCAAUUCCAUUUGAAAGCACAUCAAACCAUACAAUGCUUAUAAAAUCUUAAAUUGCAUGGUAAUGGGCACUUAACGAUUCCUGUCUUGCCGCUGCUAAGACGAUGAGAAUGAAUGUAAAUUUGAACCAACGUGCCUCUCAAGUUUUUGGGUC